GUUAAGUUACAAAUUAAACGUAGUUUUUCCUUCAUAUAUCAUCGAUUAACCGACUAUUGUUUUCGCCAUGGAUUUGCGAAAAUGCUGUGUUGGGAACUGCUCAUCUACAAACAGAACACAUCGCCUUUUCUAUCUUCCAAAGGACGAUAAUUUAAGACAGUUGUGGCUGUCUUUCUUGAUCCCCACUAACAUAGAGCUCAGUGGUUUAUCUAAAGAACAGCUGUUGGCGAAACGUGUUUGUCAAAAGCACUUUGAUCGGUAUCAAUUUGAUAAUACGGGAAACCGUCUCCGCAGUGGCUACCCUUGCUUGUUUACUGCAAAAGAAAUAUUUUAUGGAAGUCCCCUAAGCUCCACUGUUGGUGACCACAUAAGCGACCACAAUUACUGUUUACCAAUUGCACCUGAAAGUGACAUUAAGGAAGCUACUGCUCUCAGAGUUGAUGGUGAUCAUUCAUAUCAUAAAUCAGUUGAAUCACAAGUUCCUGAACCCAUUGAAAUAGCUUCAACAACCAAGUGUAGCCAUGUAGUAUCACAAAUAUUAGUUGAACCAGCUCCAGAAACCAAAGAGCAAGUAAAACCAAUAUUAGUUGAAACAACAGAUACUACAACAAGACAAAAACAUGCACUAAAACUGACCAAAAAAUGUCAUGUAAAUGUUGCCAAGAAAACAAAGAACCUCUCAAGGUGCACUUGUUUUAUCAAUAAGAUUAAAAGACAAGCAUUGGCUGCUAAGAAAAAAUCUUUUAAGGAAAGACUAGCUACAGCUGAAACUCUAAGUCGAGAUCAUGCAUUUAUACAUUUUAACCAAAUGAAUAAGCAUGCACAGAAUUUUAUCAUGAUGCAAUUGAAAUUAGUAAAUAAAAAUAAAAAAGCUAUGCGAUUCACAAGUAAUGAAAAACUACUAGCACUGACGCUCAUGAAAGAGAGUCCAAAAGGAUACAGACUUCUACAGAAAAUAUUUAAACUUCCCUCUAAAAGAACACUCAAUCGCUUAUCAGAAAAAAUCUCUUUUGGUGUCGGAAUUAAUGAGAACAUAUUCAGGCUCAUUGAAAGAAAGUCCAUGAAUUGGGAUGUUAAAAAGAAGCUUUGCUCAAUUAUUUUUGAUGAGGUAGCUCUUACACCACACUUAACCUAUGUGGAAAGUAAAGAUGAAAUUAAAGGCUUUAAGGAUUUAGGAAACAAAAAAGAUUUGAAGUUUUCUGAUCAUGCCCUUGUUUUCAUGGUGAGAGGUAUAUGUUCCAACUGGAAACAACCUAUAUGUUACUAUUUUUGUGAAGGCACAACUUCUGCUCAAGAAGUCAAACGAAUCCUAAAGGAGGUGGUUGCAAAGGUGUCACAGUCAGGUCUAAUACCUAUAGCCCUAGUUUGUGACCAAGGUACCACAUUUAGAAGUGCAUUAAAAAUGUUAAGACAAGAGACAGCACAGAAAAUAAAUCUGAAAGGUGAACACUGUGAUGGAACAAUUGAAGUUUCUGGGCAAAAACUUAGUGUGGUAUUCGACCCACCUCAUUUGCUUAAAGGAUUGAGGAACAAUUUUCUGACCAAAAAUAUGGUUUUUGAUGGUGCCAUUGCCACAUGGGAUGAUAUUCUGACAGUAUAUAGAGCUGACUGUCAACUUGGACACACCAGGAUGAACAAAAAAUUAACAGAUCAUCAUGUGAUUGCAUCAAAAAUAAAAAAAAUGAAAGUCAGUGUAGCUGCUCAAGUUCUCAGUGCACAAACCAGUGCCAUGCUGAAAUACACCUCAUUAUACAGUACAACUGUGAAUGGUGAAAAUGUUAGUAAAACCAUGAAGACAACAGGUGAAGCUGUGGAAUUUAUGGACAAAUUAUUUGACAGCGUAAAUGGCUCAAAGCGCAGCACAACAAAAGGGAAACUAAGAGGGCCAGUCAAACCAAAUUCCGAACAUUUUUGUUUUUGGCAUGAAGCUAUAGAGACAUUAAAAAAUCUUAGAUUUAUAGACUCUGCCAGUAAAAAAGCACUAAUGAACAAAAAAGAAUAUUAUAUAAGGGUUCCCUCUCUUGAUGGGUGGGUCACAACACUGGAAAGUUUUGUAAGGAUAGCCAAAUUGCUGUUUUCAAAAUAUGGUUUAAAAUAUUUUUAUCCUCGCUUUAUAAACCAGGACCCGUUAGAAAAUUUUUUUGGCAGAAUAAGGGCUAUAAAUUAUAGAAAUGUAAAUCCUGACUCAUGUACAUUCAUAAAUUCAUUUAAAUCUCUAUUGAUUUCCAAUGUGAUGGGUCCUCAUAGCAUAUAUUCCAACUGUGAAGAAGAUGACAGUGAAACUAUAGUAGAUUUUUUUAAUUUAUUAAAAGAAGAUAUCGGUACUGAUGACAAAGAAAAUCUGCCAGUAAAUUUUAAUUGUAUGCCUGGUCUGAUUUCCUUGCCAUCAGAUCAACAAGAGCAGGAAAAUAACACAUUAUGUGCAGCAAGCGCCAUUAAUGAAAGAGUGCGUGUUCAUUCCUCAGCUUACAUAGCUGGAUAUCUGUGCAGAAGAAUUUCAAAAAAAUUUAAUUGUAAGGAAUGUCAAAAAACAUACAUAGGAAAUAAAAAUGAAAAUAUUAACACAUGGAUUGCACAUAGGGAGUAUAAAAAGCUUAAAAACAGCAAUUUGGCGUACCCCUCAAAGCGUUUUCUUAUAGUAUACAGAGAUGUAUCUAAUUUGAUACAUAAUAAUUUAAAUAAUUAUGCGCAUAGCAAAAGCAUCGGGAAAUUCAUUAAACACGAUAUUUUAAAGAAAUCCAAUUUUUACUGGUUGGGUUGCAAAGUGCAUAAAACAUGUAUUGAGUUCGUUUAA